CUAGGAGGCGGGAGCGGGCUGCAGGGAGGCCUUGCGGGCUGGCGAGCGGCCCGGGCCGCGUGAGUCACCAGGCCUCCCCUUUCCGCCCUGGGCCGGAACGGUGUGCGGGCGCGCUGUGCGGGCGGCGGGACAUCGGGGCUGAGCAGCGGCCGCCUAGGCGCUGAGGAUGUUUGGACUCCUCCCGAACCGAGGUGGUGAGGAACUGGAAAGCCAAAAGCCUUAGGACAUGUGGGAAUCCUGGCCCCCACCGGCCUUUACUUUGCACAAGGUUUUAAUUGUUCUGCUCAACUAUCCAGCGAUUUUGAGGAAAAAGGUUCUCUGGCCUGCGCUGUGACUUUGGCUUGAUGUGAAAAGAUUAAGUUUGAGCCUUGUAUUUUAGUUUUGAGAUUGAGUUCAAAGGAGGACCAAAACUUACUGAGAGAACUAUGGAAUGAAGAAGAUGGAUAUAUAAAGAAAUUAUGAGUCGAGAAUCUCAAGUUCACAUUUUUUGGGGUGCUCCAGUUGCUCCACUGAAAAUGACAAUAUCACAGCGAACGACUUCCCCAAUGUCCACUGCCAAUGCCUGGGAAAAAGUCCAACUUUUUUACAAACAGCAUUCUUUGUAUCUGAAGACUGAAAACCAGGAGCUUAAAAAUCUGGAAGACUGUCAAGUCUCAGAAGCUCUCAGCCCUCCAGACCUUCUUAGUGGUCACCUUUUACCGACUUACGUGAGUAGGUCUGCUCAGGUGAAAGAAGGCUCUACCUAUUCUGCUUCUGAAACACAGAGUGUAAGAUUACAGAAGACUAACCCGAAUGAUGUGACUAAUGUGCCAAUAUGUGGAUAUGAGGACAGAGUUCAGUGUUUACCUGAAGAAGAAAAGUAUCAAAGGCUUCAGUGUGAAAAUAAGAAAAUUAUAGAUGAGCAGUGUAAAGAUCACUCAAAUCCCCGGGUUGAGAACUUUCAAACGGAUGUGUGUCAGUUAGAUUCUAAGUGUGCGGCUGGGCUGGAUUUGGACUAUCGUACUGAAUACAUUAACAUAAGGCCAGAAGCUGUGAGGACAAAGCCUGUGCCAACAGCACAUCAUGAAACACAAAGUCGGGAGAUCGUUUCCUCUGACACACACUGUGAACCAGAAUCUGAGGGAGCAGUCAGGAAGGUCUCAGACCAGGAAAUAUCUACUGACACUGAAUUUCUCAGUAUAAUGACCUCUAGCCAGUGUGCUUUUCUAGCUCAAGGGAAUGGUAAAGGUCAAGACUGUAUAAAUAAAAGGGCUGUAAACAUGGAGACAGAACCAACAGGAAGGCAGGGAGUAAGACCAACUGAAGGUAAUUUUAUUAAGCCUAGUGAAGAAUUUGAAGAAGAAUCUGAAAAUGAGCAAAGCCAAGGAUAUUCCCUGGAACUUUUUAGUCCUGUUUGUCCUGAAUCAGAAAGUAGUCAUGUUCACAUAAGCCCUGGAAAAAGUCUUGAAGAAAAUAUAAGCUCUCAAGAACUUUUCAGUAAUGAAGAAAACCUGCCACCAAAUGAGGUAUGCAUUGAGUUGUACAGCUCAGGAAUGCUGUGUUCCCGGCUAAGUACCCUCCACCAAAGUGCUUCUAAAAGGAGCUGGCCCUCUAAAGACAGUGCCCAUCAUUCUAAAGCUCUUUCUGAAGUCCGUCAUGUGUCCAAGAAGCCAAGGACUGAUUCUAAUACAAGAGAGUCAGCCAGAGCAAUGCCCCAGGGGAUCAUGUCCGAAUUGAAGAACUUAAAAAAUAUAUCAUUAAUAAAAAACUGUGAUUCUACAAGUCAGAAGUACAAUUGCUUAGUCAUGGUGCUAACCCCAUGUCAUGUGAAGGAAAUAAACAUAAAAUCUGGACCAAACUCUGGCUCUAAAGUGCCAUUAGCAACAAUUGUAGUAACUGAUCAAUCAGAAAUUAAGAAGAGGGUUGUUCUGUGGAGGACUGCAGCAUUUUGGGCACUUACAGUGUUUCUUGGAGAUAUAAUUUUACUCACAGAUGUGACUGUUCAUGAAGAUCAGUGGGUUGGUGAAACAGUACUCCAAUCAACAUUUACCAGUCAGUUAUUAAAUCUUGGAAAUUAUUCAUAUGUUCAGCCUGAAAAGCAUUCCAGUGUAGUUGCCAAUGUUAUACUUCAGGACUUGCUGGCAUAUGUGUCUUCAAAACAUUCCUAUCUCAAAGAUCUGCCUCAAAGGCAGCCUCAGAAGUUGAACACUGUAGAGUUUGUGGAACUGGAGCAGCUGCAGCCCGAUACAUUAGUCCAUGCAGUACUCAGAGUAGUGGAUGUCACUGUCUUGACAGAGGCAUUAUAUAAUUAUAGAGGACAGAAGCAAAGGAAAAUUCUGUUAACAGUGGAACAGGCUCAAGGUCAACAUUAUGUGCUUGUAUUAUGGGGUCCUGGAGCAGCCUGGUAUACUCAGCUUCAAAAGAAAAAAGGUUGUAUUUGGGAAUUUAAGUACCUUUUUGUUCAGCGCAACUGCAUACUAGAAAACUUAGAAUUACAUACAACACUGUGGUCAUCCUGUGAAUGCCUGUUUGAUGAUGAUACGAGAGCAGUUUCAUUUAAAGCAAAAUUUAAAAAAAAUAUACCCUCACCUGUCAAGAUGUCAGAUUUAUCAACUCACCUAAAGGAUAAGCAUUCAGGAGUGGUUCUGAUUAAAGCCAAGGUUUCAGAGCUGGUGUUUUUUGCUGGAGCAGCUCAGAAGAUAACUCUGAAUGCUAGCAGCUCUCUGAAGAGCAUUUUCUCUUCUCUUUCCAUCAUUACGUAUGCUGGCUGUGCACAGUGUGGAUCAGAACUAGAAACAGAUGAGAACAGGGUCUACAGACAGUGUCUGAGCUGCUUGCCAUUUUCUGGGAGGAAAACCUUCUAUAGGCCAGCUUUAAUGACCAUAGCUGAUGGAGGACAUGAUAUUUGUAUUCAUGUAGGGUCAAAGAUGCUGGAGCAGAUUCUUCUCAACAUUUCUCCGGAUAUCCUCAACAGAGUGAUAGUACCUUCCUCGGAGGUCACCUACGGCAUGGUUGCAGCGGACUUGCUCCACUCCUUGUUGGCAGUCAGUGCAGAGCCUUGCGUGUUGAAGAUCCAGAGCCUUUUCGAGUUGGAUGAAAACAGCUACCCAUUGCAACAGAAUUUCUCCCUACUAGAUUUCUGUCCUGAAUCAUGUAAGACGUGGAGCCCAGGACUUCUUCUAAGGCCAGAGGAAGACAUAGGAGGCAUUUCAAGGAAGGAGUGAUGAAAUAAUCUGUCCCUUGAAGAUUUAUGUAUUUUUAUUACAUGUAUAUAAGUUUUUUGCCUGUGUAUGUCUGUGUACCAUGUAUGUGCCUGGUGCCCACAGAGACCAGGAGAGGCUGUGUGCCAGAUCACCUGGGACUGGAGUAGCAUAGAUGGUUGUGAGCCAUCAUGUAGAUUUUGAGAAAGUGCCCUUAACUGCUGAGCCAUCUAACCCUAUGAUCUGUCUUCUAAAAUAAAUAAAAUGACAUGGGUUUUGCUUAGAGUUUUAAAGAUAAAUAAUUUAUUAGCAUAAUUGUGAUAAAUAUAUAAAGAUUAUUUUUUCUAAGAAAAUUCUGUGAAGUUUUUAUUUUCAUUUUUGUUGUCAUUGGUAUUCUUUUUAUUCUGGGGAAAUGAUCUAGCAAUAAAGGCAGUAUAUCACAGUUUCCUUGAAA